AUGGGCUUUUGUCAAUCUGAUAUCUAUGAAAUCACUGCGACAUCCAUUCGUUUGUGUACGUUCAAGUUUGUGCUGCAGGUGUUCGAUCGGUUCUCCUGUGUAGUACAGAUACGUAAUCGUUCCGCCAAAGGGUCCAGACGGACAGUCGGUGUUUGCAAGUCGUCGUCUACGUCGCAUCGCUCGCUCAGCCAAUUGCUGAUGAUUCGCAGCAAACCGGGAUUCUUGGACCGACUGGUCACCCGUUUGCAGGACAUGCGCAAUCAAGUGGAACGAUCCAGACGUCGUGUUGCCGAAGCUCAAAUGCAAAUUAAUGAGGCUACAGCCGAACAAGAACGACAAGCAGCAGUCCUGCUAAAGCAUCGGUCGGAUUGCAAACAAUUGGUUACAUUGGUCAGUUAA